AUUUUGCAAUUGUUUUAACCUUCCGACAUUUUCCUGGAUAGACUGAAGAAAAAAGUUGGGAGUGAAAAAGAGGUGAAAAGAGGAGACUUUGACUUCUUCUGAUGAACUUUCUUCUGCACUUCUUCUCAUUAAGCCUCCUUGUUAAAAUAAUUUGAGAUGGCGAUAGGAAACCCAGAAGUAGCAACUAUGGGGAAGGAGAACACUGAAGCCGAGUCCUCUAAUGGAAACGAGUCUCAGUUAAGUUCUGACUUAACGAAGAGUCUUGAUCUGGCUGAAGUGAAGGAAGACGAAAAGGAUAAUAACCAAGAAGAAGAAGAUGGACUGAAAGCUGAGGCUUCAACGAAGAAGAAGAAGAAGAAAAGUAAAAGCAAGAAGAAGAAGAGUUCUCUUCAACAGACUGAUCCUCCUUCAAUUCCUGUUCUUGAGCUCUUCCCUUCUGGAGAUUUUCCUCAAGGUGAAAUCCAACAGUACAAUGAUGAGUAAGUCUAGACUAGAUUUUCUAUAAGGACAUUUUGUUUUGCUAGCUAAGUCUAUGUUGUGAUGUAGUAAUUUGUGGAGAACAACAUCUGAAGAGAAGAGAGAGAUGGAGAGGCUGCAAAAGCCGAUAUAUAACUCUCUUCGCCAAGCAGCGGAAGUUCAUCGUCAAGUUAGGAAGUAUAUGAGAAGUAUAUUGAAGCCUGGAAUGUUGAUGAUUGAUCUCUGUGAGACUUUAGAGAACACUGUUCGUAAGUUGAUAUCAGAGAAUGGUCUUCAAGCUGGUAUCGCCUUUCCUACAGGAUGUUCACUGAAUAAUGUUGCUGCUCAUUGGACACCAAACUCUGGAGAUAAGACUGUCCUUCAGUAUGAUGAUGUGAUGAAGCUGGAUUUUGGAACACAUAUUGAUGGGCACAUUGUUGAUUCUGCUUUUACAGUUGCGUUCAAUCCUAUGUUUGAUCCUCUUUUAGCAGCCUCGCGUGACGCAACAUAUACUGGUAUCAAGGAAGCCGGGGUAGAUGUCCGGCUCUGUGAUGUUGGUGCUGCAGUUCAGGAGGUCAUGGAGUCUUAUGAGGUUGAAAUCAAUGGAAAAGUCUACCAAGUCAAAAGUAUCAGAAACCUGAAUGGGCACAGCAUUGGACGCUAUCAGAUACACGCUGAAAAAUCAGUUCCUAAUGUUAGAGGAGGCGAGCAGACGAAAAUGGAAGAGGGUGAAUUAUAUGCCAUUGAAACUUUUGGAUCAACAGGGAAAGGAUAUGUAAGAGAAGACUUAGAAUGUAGCCAUUACAUGAAAAACUAUGAUGUGGGUCAUGUACCUUUGAGGUUACCAAGGGCAAAACAACUCCUUGCCACUAUUAACAAGAACUUCUCCACGCUAGCCUUCUGCAGACGUUAUUUGGACCGCCUUGGUGAAACAAAAUACUUGAUGGCUUUAAAGAAUCUUUGUGAUUCUGGCAUAAUUGAGCCAUGUCCUCCAGUGUGUGAUGUCAAAGGAAGCUAUAUUUCUCAGUUUGAGCAUACAAUCCUGUUGCGACCAACUUGCAAAGAGAUUAUUUCCAAAGGAGACGAUUAUUGAAAUAGUGAUUUUCACAGAACUUGAAGCAGUUGUUCUUCUUGAGUUUGUAUAAUAGUUUUGGAAGGCUUUUUAAGUCUUGUGCUCAAAUAUUUGUAUGUUCUUCGAAGAUGAUUCUAAGUAUAAGAGCUUAGGGGAUCCUUCAUCAAUUAUAGCUACAUGUUAGCUUAUUUUUUAUUCUGUUAUAGAAUUUUGAUUUUUUUAUAUAUGACACAACACAAGUAACAAAAU